AUGUCAAAGAUGAAUAUCAAAGAUAAAGAUCAGAGAAGUCUUAAUGACAAAUUCAAGCAAUGGUUUCGUAUCAGUAAAAAUAAUUACAAAAGUAACGAAGAGCAUACAUUGACCCAGGAAAUAGAACGUGAAAUAAGCUCUGAAAAUCCAGUUUAUCAGCGAACUCGUAUUUUGAAAGACCUAACCGACAGUGUAUUAAAUAAUCACUGGGAAGACAAAGCAACUGAAAAAUUCUGGAGCUUAGUUAAAGAUUUACUGAUCAAAGAUGUGUCAAAAGAGCACCGUCACAUUGUUCUUAAUUUUUUGAGCAGUCUAGUCCAAGGGCAAUACAGUAGAAUGUCAUCAUUAAUGCGUGUUCAAUUUUUUAAGGUUGUGCAAGAGCACGAUAUCCCUGAGGACAUCGGCCCGAGAUUGGAGUUGCUCCAGCGACUGACUGACAAUGGUAAAAACAUCGAGCCUUUGGAGGAAAAAAUGGGAGGCUUCCUUCUCAAGUGGAUGCCAACAGUCACGUCAGGUGACGAAAAACGGGGUGCUGAAUUUUUGUCGCUUCUUGUCAACGUUAUAAAGUUCAACUCUGCGUACAUCGACGAGGAUAUUGUCUCAGGUCUUAUACAAACUAUCUGUCAUUUGUGUUACUAUUCUAACAACAAAGAGGUUGUCUCAGGAUGUCUCGAUACUCUUGACACAAUCGUCGGCUACAAUAUUAACCUUCAAUCUAAAUCAUUGGAGACUUUUAUAACAGCGCUGUGUCGUAGCGUCAAUGUUGACAUUUACUGCGAAAUAAGCUGGAAGAUAAUGAAGAAGCUACUCGGCACUGACAUGGGGCACACUGCGCUCUACACGAUGUGUCGGCUGUUACAAGAUCCGACUGUCCAGCAGGACGUGCGUUUGCUUCGUGGAGCUGUGUUUUACGUAAACAUGGGCCUCUGGGGCACCCACAGGAUCCAGAAGCUCAAGUGUACACCGAUAUCAGUGCUUCCUUCGUUCAUCCAAGCGCUCAAAUGCAACCACCCAAUUGUCAUGUACGAAGUGACCCUGGCUGUGCAAAGACUGGUCAUUAAAUACGGGUCUACGUUACUCGAGCCCACUUGGAGCGUAGUUUUGGAUAUCAUUCAGCACGUGAUCUUGCACAUCGAAACAAGCAACCAGCCGGCGACUCAGCAAGUAUCCGAGAGUCUUCACGACACACUAAACGGCAUAGAAAAUCUUGUAGACGCUGUUCAGUACAACGGAGACGUUCAAAGGUUCUACGAGUUGAUUGAAAGAUGCUCCGAUGCGAGACCUGAAGCUUCUGUCUUCAAACUGAUCGACUACCGUGCGUCUAUCAUAGGCCUCACACACUACCACUGGCAAUCAAAAUUGGCAAAUUUGGUGGAACGUUAUUUCAAAGUCGAAACACGCACAAACAUUAGAGUUAAAGUCUUGGAUAUUGUUACGAGAAUAAUCCACACGAAUCGUUACCAUGAAGAUGAAUUGAUUGAGAAGAUAAUAGUACCUUAUUUGCAGCACGUAGACGCAGAUCCUGAUAUUGUCAUCCGGAAUGUAUCCGCAAAAUUGCUGGUUGAUUUAUGUUUAAAGUGCGAGAUUAAAAGAUGUCUUGAACUGUUGGACAUAUUGGAGAAAAUAAUAAACAAACCUUUCACCGUUGAUACUCCGGUGGUCAGUGAGAAUGAUAUCAAGGAUGUUAAAACAGCUAUGAUUGGAGUUAUUGAAAUUUUUACAACAAAGAUUUAUCGUUUGCCUUCUAGUCACGCUAUUAGAGCUUACAAAAUACUUGUCAAUCAUCUCGAGCAGCACUACAAAGACACUCAAAUUUUUCACGAAGUUUCAACGAUACGCUAUUUAAUUUUCGAAUGCUUUUUAAAGUUACGCGCGAAUUCACUGUACCAAGUUGGAUACCCGGACCCCGAGACGGGCACAGUAACAAGAUUUAGUCCUUACUUGAGUCUGGAGCAUGCAUCUGCUGAUCGGUUAGGCCCCAGUGGCGGUGGAAACAGCCCACCAAUGAGUCCAGCUCCUUUACAACACACACCCUGUCAAAUAAGUCACGUUUCUUUGGCCAUGGCCUGCAAAGCAGCGAUAAUGUGUUUAAAACAGGAAAGAGACUGGAGGGUGCUUCAGCUUGUCUUGAAAGAAACUCCGAAUUUGCUGCAAAAUCGAGCAUUGAUUUUAGCAAGACAGAGCAAUGACAUUGAUUACGUAGCCGCUGCACUCUGCUCGAUGAUCACUGAUAGAAAUCUUAAAUUACCUGAGUCGCUGAGUAACGCCCCAUCUAAAUUUACCAUCACCGAUUUUCGCAUAUUUGUCUUUCCUGUGUUGACUUCUCUGGCUUCUUACCACACGCACCUGGAGCCUAAUUUGCAGCAGAGAUUAAUAAAGUGUUUGGAGAUCGGACUUACCACCAAAUGCGCAAGCAAAUGUGUUACGAGUCUGACAACCUGCACGUUGGAGAUGCGAGACGCAAUGACCAAAUUGCUGCCGGCAGUUGUGUCAGACUUGUCUAAAAUUUCUGCGGUCCAGUACAUCGCCAUACCUAUUUUAGAAUUUUUAUCAAUGGUCGCGAGAUUUCCCCCGGUUUUUUCGAGCUUCACUGAAAAUCAGUACCGACUUAUCUUCGCUAUUUUACUGCCUUAUACAAAUCCUUUCAAGUACAAUCAUUACACAGUGUCAUUAGCUUAUCAUGUAAUUGCAGUCUGGUUUUUAAAAUGCCGUGUGUCAUUGAGACGUGAGUUUGUCAAAUGCAUAACCUCGGGAUUGAAUGACAACGUGGUGAUGCCUUUGGAGGAAGGACAAGUCAAGACUUCUAAUUUCAGCACUCUGCAAGAAGACUCGUCGCACAGAAAACGAAGCUCGAGCUUGACGGAACAGGGCAGCAGAGGAAGACGCGAAAGACCAGUAAUAGGUAAUCAGAUAAUUGGAGAUUUGAAACCACAGAUGGACGAGAAACUGAUGACGUUUCACAUGGAGUUGGCUGAGACUUGUAUUGAUUUAUUAGCGAGGUACACUUUCUCGACAUACACAGCCAGGCCUAAAAGAUUUGACGGUGCAGAAUUCUUGUUGAAAGAUGGCCAGUCGAUGACCUGGUUCCUGGGUAACAGACUGAUUACAGUAACUACUAGCGGAUGCAGCAAUAAAUCAAUGAAAGGAGGACUGUGUGAUAGCUGUUGGGUUGCUUGUAAGGCAACACUGAGUCCAGAACACAGGGCAGGGCUUGGUAUUCCACGACGAGCGUCCAGUAUUGAGGCAAAAGAUGAGAAUAGGUUGUCAAGACAGUCGUCUGGUCAUGCGGGUUCGAGUUCAAACACAGCGGCGAAUUCGCCGACAGAAGAGUCCAAAAAGGGGCUGGAUGACGAUUUUGUUAAGGUUGACAAACGUGAGCUAAUAAGCGAAAUUAAGGACAAAGAAGCUGAGACAAGUAAAUUGGAGCAAAUUCUUGGGAGUGAUAAUAAACAAGACGAGUACACGCCGUGUGCGUGUUGGUGUCAAGGCUGGGCGGAGAUUUUAGUCCGUCGGCCUACUGGUGAUAUGUCUUGGAUAAUGAGAGUACAAAACUCAGUACAAUGCGACACUGUGAUUGAUUUUCCUUUGCAAGAUUUAACGGCGCUGUUGAUGCCUAUCUCAGAAGCUACUACAAAAACUUCGAAUAGUCAGGACACCACCACGACAGAGUCUUUUGAGGACGAGACUGAAGAAAAGUCUGAGAGCAAGUCUAGUGGACAGAGCGCUGAGCAUCAGAUUAAUUUAAAUAAAUCUACUGGACCUAUUGCAAUACCUGGGUCACCGGGACGGCACAGCACCUCUAGACAGAGCUCCCGUGAUAGUAUUGAGAGUCUAGAGGACGGUGAUGACGAUUCUAAGAGAUCACGAAAUCCUGUUCGUCGAUCUAACUCGAGUCCUGAGAUGAGUGCAAGUUGGAAAAAUCCAUUUUUAAAUAAAGACAAGCUAGUAAUACCUCCUGUGGACGCGCCGUCAGAUUUUGACGUCAAGCAUGCUAAGACUGCUUAUUCCAAGGACAUGAGAGUAAGUUGUGAAGCGAUACCUGAAGAAAUUUCUGGGAUGGGAACGACUCCGCCAGCGGCUGAAGCUGGAAAUCAACAUGCGCGUGGUCUUGGUCACAGUCAUGGAGUUUUUCAAACUCAGUAUUCAUAUCCUGGAACGACAACGGCUGCUGGAAACACUGGAACCACUAGCAGUAGUAGCAGCAGUAGCAGUAAUGUUGUUCCUCCUUCACCUACUGCUACCACUCCUGGAUUUUUACCAGCGCAAAGCCGAGUCGCUCAUCAUGUGUCAUCGUCCAAGCCUCCGCAGUCGCCCACGCAGCAGUACUCGAGAACGUCUACUUCGGAGUCUAAUGCCAGACAAGUAGCGUUGAGUAUCGAAAAUAAACCACCUCUCGGUCGGAGUUAUCAGAUUGAACGACGUGAAGAAAGACCUGAUCCAUCGGGUUUGCCGCCUAUAGCUUUCCGUGAUCGCGGACACACAAUUUCGGUGAUGUCUCCCGUUCGAGACAGCAUCCGUCGGGGUAAUUCGCCGCGAAUAAAAGAAGCCCCGCGCACUGGAAUUAAUCCAAGCUCUGUAUUCCUUCAGCUUUAUCACAAUGCGCACUUUGGCAGUGGGAAUGAAAAACCUCUGCUUGUACCUCCGACGACGGCUUUGCAGAGAGCUAUGACGAAUCUCGAUCGGAUGCAUCCCUACGAAACUCACAAGAUUGGAGUGCUUUAUGUUGGACCAAACCAGGCGUCUAACGAAGCGGAAAUUCUGGCUAACCAGCAUGGAUCGGUUAGGUACACGGAGUUUCUUCAGCGACUUGGUACUCUGAUGUGUUUGAAAAAUGUUGAUGAGGGAGUUUACCUUGGUGGUCUUGACAGCAAUGGAGAGCAUGGUAAUUUUGCUUAUAUUUGGCAGGAUGAUAUUACUCACGUAGCUUUUCAUGUGGCGACGCUGAUGCCUACGAAGCAAAGCGAUCCUAAGUGCACUUGGAAAAAACAACACAUUGGAAAUGAUUAUGUUACUAUUGUUUAUAAUGAAAGUGGCGAGUCUUAUGACAUUCAAACUGUUAAGGGUCAGUUUAAUUAUGCUUGUGUCAUAAUUCAACCUUUAGAUCUUGGAGCAAAUUUAGUAACAAUACAAGCGAGAGAAGAAUUAGCGGAACAUAUUGGUCACAGUGAACCCAAAAUAAUAUCUGAUCAAAAUCUUGGUGUUUUAUCAAGGCAGUUAGCUCUUCAUGCUAAUCUUGCAUCAUUGGUGUCAUCAUCAUUGAAACAAAAAAGCGACAAUCCAUAUUCUUCCAACUGGCUUGAGCGGCUAAGGCACAUUAAACGACUGAGACGUCGUCUUCUGGAAUCAAACAGUAGUUCUGACGACAAAUCUGAGGAUACAAGAUCCAAUGAACGCGUUCAUAUGGAAGAUUUUACCGAGUACACGAUACCGAAGACGUAG